AGCAGCCCUGGCCAGCCUCUCUCGGACUCCUUUUCCGGCUUCAGUCGCUGUGGGGAGCAAGCCGGGUUCUGUGCCGGCAAAGUAGAGGCGGCCUUAGCACGGCUGGCUGGUGAGCGCCUGCGGCGCUUCUUCACGCUUGGCGUCCGCUCCCACGGAUGUGCCCGUCUGGUCCGCACGGAGAGCCCCGCGGCACCCUCUGGCACUCCGAGAACUGCCCUCUCCAGGCCUCCACUAUGGCUUUGCACCUCUGGGCGCGCUGCGUAGCCAGCCUCGGCGCGUGUGCUUCGGAUGUUUUUAUGGCUAUUUUUGCUGUGCUUCCCGUACUGAGAGACUCGUUAAUCCCCUCUGCAAGCCUGUCCGUUUUCUCCGGAGAAGGCUCUAUGUACGGCCGUUGAGGCCCCUGCAGCCCUCUAACAGCACUGACAGCCCGUCUCAUGUGGACUACCGGCUCCCAAGUGCAGAGUAACUUAUUGAACUGUGGCAUUCCUUCGCACCCCCUGCCCCUUACCAUCACUUCUGCAGUAUCAGUGCUUCCAGCACUCUCAGAAAGACCAGAGAACGUAGGCACUCGCCUAGAUACUGCUAGAGGCCGUCUUCCAACCCUUAACGUCUACAUUUUUUUUCCCCACAGUCAACAAUAUAAGAUAUGUUUUAUAGUGGUCUCAUGACACCCCCUGACGUGUCAGUUCAAGCAACUGAGAAUGAAAAGAUGUCUUUAAUUCGUCCUCCUAAUACUUUUGCUUUUCCUUUAUCUUUAAUUGCCCUCUAGCCUGGUGGACAUCCUGCAAUCUUUUAGAAUCCUCUUGGAACUCUAAGGUUCUUCUGAAAAGCCCACAUAUACUUUUUGCUCUACAAAUACUUGGUAACUUUGGAGAGGUAGUAAGCUUCUAAAAUUUGCUCCUAGAUAUAAACCGAGACAGCAAGAAGUACUGUCUUACCUGUUUUGGUAAAUGCCACAGUAGAGCCCAGCCUGACAGGACCUGACUAUCUUAACAGUAAUGUAACAUUUAUAAAACGUUUGCUCAAGUCCUCUCCUGCCCCUGACUACCUUUGUAAAGCCCUUCUAACCCUCUGGUUUUCUAUAGGAUGUGUCUGCAUUCUGGCAAUGUUGUAAUCAAGGACUGACAUUUAAAUUAGCUGAUGGCAUUCGUGUGUAAAAUACGUGGUAUUUAAUUAAAAUAGCCUUUUUAGAGCUAUUGUGCAUAGCAGCAAGCAAGACGAACAUUCCUUCAAACACUUGAAUUUAUAAUCUGGUGGUUACUUAGCACAAUAUUUUAAAUACUCUACAUUUAAAAUUAAUGGCUUUAGCUUAGUUACAAAGCAUAGUGUAAUUGUCCAGGUAUUCCACUGUAUUUUGUUAGUAAUGGGUCUGUCAUAAAAAUUGAAGUCACUUAUAUUCUACAGCUAAGCAGUAAAUUGUGCAUAGGAACUAAAUCUGUAUGCAGGUACAUUUGCACAAUUUUUAAUGGGCUGUAUGCACUGAGUUGUCAAGUGCCCUGUUACUACUGUAAAAAUGUGCCUCCAAUAAGAUAAGCUUGUAACACAGUUUAAUUUUUUUAGGUAUCUAAAGGAAUUUAGGACAGAGCAGUGCCCCCUAUUUUUGCAGCACAAGUGUACCCAGCACAGACCAUUUACCUGUUUUCAUUGGCAUUUCCUAAAUCAGCGUCGUCGUAGACCUAUACGAAGGCGUGAUGGGACUUUUAACUACAGUCCAGAUGUUUAUUGUACAAAAUAUGAUGAAACUACAGGAAUCUGCCCAGAUGGAGAUGAGAGAUACAGAAAGGAAGUAUCAUCUGAGGUAUUACAAGACUGGAACAUGCAUUCAUGAAACAGAUGCCCGGGGUCACUGUGUGAAGAAUGGAAUUCACUGCGCCUUUGCCCAUGGCCCGCAUGACCUUAGACGGCCAGUAUAUGAUACAAGAGAACUUCAGGCACAGGAAACCUUACAGAAUGGGCAGCUAGGAUGUGGCGAGGCCAUUCCUGAUGGGCAACCAGGAAUUUUAGCAAGCCAGGCAAUGAUUGAGAAGAUCCUUAGUGAAGAUCCAAGAUGGCAGGACACCAAUUUUGUAUUAGCUGGCUACAAGACAGAGCAGUGCACCAAGCCACCGAGACUCUGCCGCCAGGGCUAUGCAUGUCCACACUAUCACAAUAGUCGAGACAGAAGAAGAAAUCCCAGAAAAUUCAAAUACAGGUCCACUCCUUGUCCCAGUGUAAAACAUGCAGAUGAAUGGGGUGAACCUUCAAGGUGUGAAAAUGGGGACAGCUGUCAGUAUUGUCAUUCUCGUACCGAGCAGCAGUUUCACCCUGAGAUUUACAAAUCUACCAAGUGCAAUGACAUGCGCCAGACAGGCUGCUGCCCACGUGGUCCCUUCUGUGCCUUCGCACACGUGGAAAGGAUUCCUUCCACAGAGGACACCAUGAAUGUAGCCGUACUGAACAGCAGGUGUCAGUCACAGCCAGGCGCUCACCUGUUCUCAGCAGACAGUGCCGGGAUUGCAAGUGAAUGGAGCAGCAGUCUGAACUCCACAAACUGCCUUACACAUAGCAGUGGGCAGUCUGGAAAUAUUUCCUGUUCUUCAAGUCCAACUGUAACAUCAAGUUCUGGUAGCACUAGUUCUUUAUCACCCCUUGGACCACUUUAUAGACAGAGAUCAUUAGGAAAUGGUGUUUUGUGUUCUGAGUCUAGCACAUCAGCUGUUUCUUCACCAACAUCCAGCUAUCCAAAAGCACCAGGCUUUGAACGAGAGGAUCAGGCAAAGCAUCGGAGCUUCCCCGUUGAGAAUCAGCAGACAGUAAAUGAACAAGACAACAAGCAGAACCACCUCAGUGUUUUUUCAGCAGUUAACCCACUUGCUUCAAGUAUAGCUUCCAGUCUGGCCUCCAGUCUUGGAUCAGAUAGUUCGUCUCCUGUAGCUGUCUCUGCUAUUGGUGCCAAAGCUCUCCAGUUGUGCUCUGGAAGUAACGCAGUCGAAUCAGUAAUAGGUCAAAGAUUGCUGGGAAGUUCAGCACCUGUCAAUAUUCCAGGUUCUCUUGUUCGUUCCUCAUCUUUACAUUCAUCAUCAUCCCUUUCAACCUCUCCGCUCAGUUCUCUUCCACAGUCACUGUCUCAGUCUUUUGCUUCAUCCGCUACAGUUCCUCACCACCAGCAGCCUCAGGCUUUGAAGACAGAACGUAGUAUGUUAGGCACCUCAGCCUCUUCUCACAACUCUUUAGGUGUAAAUGGUGUGACAGGGAGCAUUUGGGACUUUGUAACUGGGAGUUUCUCUCCUAGUCCAUCCCCAGUACUAAGCAGUGGCACUUCCCCCUCAUUAAGUUCAAGCAUCAAUGGAAAUGAGCUAACUCAUGUUAGACAGGAACUUGAUGAUGCUAAGAGAAAACUGAAACAAUGGGAAGAAUCUUGGCAACAAGUAAAACAGGCAUGCGACGCAUGGCAGAAGGAGGCCCAAGAAGCAAAAGCACGUGCGACCAUCGCAGACGCGGACAGACAGCUCGCCCUGCAGAAGAAGGAGGAAGUGGAAAGUAAAUUACGAAAGCUGAAGGCACAGUUAGCUUCUUGCCUAUUCACGACACUGCCUUACCUGAAAAGCUGUGGAGAUAUAGAGAAGACAUCCUUGCCAAAGCUGCUUUCUUUACAAAACCGGCUGCACUUAGAUUUAGAAACAAUAGACAAGAUGAUUCUUCAGCUUCAGUCAAGGAAGUGUGUCAUAUGUCAAGAAGACGAUCAUGGCAUUAUCCUGAAUCUGUGCCAACAUUGUGUACUUUGUGGUCGCUGUGCGGCUGCACAGGAAGAAUGUCUCUGCUGUCAGAAAAACAACACUCUCUGGUAGCAGGCAGGCAUUGUACUUGUGCUGUGUUCAUGAUUGAAGUUUUGUGUUCUUGUAUUUUCUAUAAGAAUUACGUCACUCGUAAUUAAUCCGUUUAAUAGUGCUAGACUGAUUCCCAUUGUGAUGUGAUAAACUCAGUUGUCUUUUAAGAUAGAGAGUAAGGCCUGCUCACCGUAACAUACCAACUUCAGUCAUUUGAUGAAGCUCUAGUCUUGAGGUGGUUUUGUUCCUCCCCAUCUCACAGCAGCCUUUUCUGACUUCCACGUAAUGUGGCACAAGCUACUUAGGUUCAUUUGCACUGUGAUCACUUUGUAUAAACCUUACCACGAUGCCUGAAUGAAAUGAUUAUGCCCUGCUAUUGUCAUCAACAGAAGAGGGAUGCAUAGGUAACAGUAACUGCACACUCAAUAGCACAAAUGGUCCCUUGGCCAUGGCUAUUGUGUGUGAAAUGCCAGAGCCAGUAUUUUGAGAUUGGUCUAACACUAUGUUUACUUGGAUGUUUAAAAAACUCUGAAAAAUAUAAAAGCACUUUUAAAUUAUUGUAUUCCAUUGGGAGAUAUGUUGUAAAUUGCUUCAAGCUGCUUUCUGAUUGUUUAUUUUUUAUAUGCAAUAAUAGGACGUGUUAUGUAUGUACUGUGAAUUUAGAGUAUUUCACAUGUUUUUACUGUUGAAUCAUAAUAUAAUUAAAUAGAAAUGACAACAUACAUAGUUUUUCUACGAUUUGUAAGAAGUUAACUGCAUCCUGUAAUGUUUAGAAAUGUGCCAUCAGAGACAAAAACUGAGGCACCUAUGCUUUCGAAUUCAAACAUGUUCUAAAUUUUGUGAAACAGAUCCGUAUACAGUAUACAACUGUGCAUCUUCAUAUUUCCCUCAGUUUGAGUGUUUAUAGUCUUAAAGUUUUUGUACAUCUCCUAACCUAAUCAGGGGCAGAUAUGAUAUGUGUAGUAUUACCAAGUGCCUAUGCCCAGUAUCCAAUAAAAUGGCAGAAUACAUUAAAAACAAGUAAAUAAAGUUGCAAAUAAUUUCUAUUCCUUUUGUAUUGAACAAUUUGACAAGAUAUCUUGGUUUUAUAAAUAUUUAAAAAUACAUUUUUUUCAGUAAUGAAGUAAAGCAUGUUUGAAAGGAGCCAUGUUAUUGUUGUUGCAUUGUUAUUAAUAAUGCCUACAGUCAGAUAGUGACACUUGGACAUGGUGAUUCCUGUAAAAAGUGGUAUGAUAUCCUUACUUCAUCCUGGUGGCUGGGAACGUACAAUUCAGGAGAAGUUAAUUACUGCAUGUUAACACUGUAUUUUUACUUCUUUUAUGUGGAAUAAUUGCCUACAUUUCCCCUUUUUUUCCUAUUCGAGCAUGACACUGGUGCAGCUGAGGUGGAAAUGACCUGAUACUGUUACAUGCUUUGUAUCUCCAUGUUAUUAUAUUCAGAACAAAAAGUUCUCAUGGGCACCGAAGAGUUCAAUUCAAAGUUCUGAAAGUUCUGUCAUGUUGGAACAGAACCCAAGGUGUAUUUUAAAGUGAUUAUUGUUGAAAUACAGCUUUUAGAACUGUGUCAGCGUUAAAUAAAGGGUCCAAACCAACAGUA